CAACGAGCAUUGCAGCCUAUCAGAUAGCUCAACGUCAUAUUAGCCCUGUAAUUCUAACCGCACUUACACUUCAGGGGAUUCAGUGCAUUCCAUAGUAGCUGAAUCUCAUAGCAAAAUUUAACCACAUUAUCUAUAAUGAUAUUCAUGUUUAGUAGUGUCAUACGAUCUAUUACACUUCCGCUGAGACGAGUGACUGAUAGGCAGUUUGCCAGUCGCUCGCGCUACGCGCUCGGGCGGCUGUCACCGCCAGUCUAGCCUAGUUGUUCGCCUAACCGUUAUAAAAGCGAAAACUCGGCCUGGGAUCGAGGCUAGUACAGAACACUAUUGUGCUGUCAAGAUCUCGGGUUGCCGGACAGAUAGAACUUCAAAUAAACUAAGCUAGCUAGCAAUGGAAAGAUACAGGUUUGUAGUGUGUUGUGUACUGGUGCUAACUAUCUAUGAGCUUGGAGGGGCUACUGGCAGUGUUAUGUACACCUUGAACCCAUUAACUGAGUCUAAGAAAGAUGAGAAGACUGAAUUAAGUAUCAAGCUUACUCUGAUUCCCCAAAAUGGAUUCCAGGAAGACCAUAUUGACUUCACCUUCACUGCUAAGCCACUCAACAAAGCCUUGGUAUUUGCAUCCUCUGAGAUUAAAAUUUCAGUCAAUAAAGCAGUUUUAACUGAUACUACUACUGGGGAGAUUAGCAUUCAGUAUAUAUCUCAUGAGAAGCUUGAAGUGUCUGUUGGUGGUGGAACAGAUGAAGUGCUAACAGGAGACCUCAGUGCACUGCUGUCCUGUAAUCAUCCUAUUCUCUGUACAGACAAAGACAAUAUUGAAGUGGUGAUUGUCAAGGAAACAAAGACUCUUAAUGUGACUGCCACGGCCGUUUGUGAUGUGCCCCAAGAUAAUCCUACAGGCAGCGUUACUAUCACCCUCUCCAAGGAUCUCGCUAUAUCUAAAGACAUCACUAUAUCAGUAUCACUACACGACCCUCAAGGCAAAUUAGAUAACAGCAGGGAUGAUGGUGUUCUGAGCCCUGAGGCUGAGAGUAGUAGUGAUGUUAUGUUCACUAACAUACAGUGGGGUGAAUACCAACUGAUCGUUGACUGUGGAGAUGAUAGUGUGUGCUUAACUCUGAAGCAUUUGAUACAUUUCCCUGAACCUGUGUCUGUGGCCGUCCAUCCAUCAUUUUCAGAGCUAUCUGUCAUAAUCGUUGAUCUGAAGGCACAACUUGCUAAAUAUAGUACAACUGAUACUGCUAAACCUCCAAUUAAAGAUCCUGGCAAUGCUAAACCUCCAAUUAAAGAUCCUGGCAAUGCUAAACCACCCUCGACAACACACUAUAUGGAGUUAGCAGUAGGUUUGAUUGCAGCACUUGUGUGUGGUCUACUAGGAUACCUUAUCUAUCACUACCGGACCGCGGUGAAGGAGUGGAUUUGCUCUAAGAAAGUUGUUAUGUCUAACCUACCAAAGAAGCUGCAUAGAAAUGCUGGUAGCAAGUAUACCAAGCUACCCAAAACCGUGCAAGAGGCAUUGCAUCAGGACUAACCUAUCUGACUGACACUGACUAUGUAAUUAUAGCUACUGGACAUUUGGCACUCUUUAAAGUCUAUUCAUGCUGCUUUUGUUAAAUUAUAAUACUGUACCAUA